GGAACUACUUCAGUAUGUGUGUGUGAAGACUGAGUGUGUGUGUGUUGUGUUUGGUUAUAUUGAUGUUUUGUCAGCCUGUACACAGAGGACAUUAUAAUAUCCCACCGCCAUGAGUCGGACCACCUUUUUUGAGGUGAGGAUCCUGGAUGCCAAAACCAAACAGCAGCUUUGUUUUUUAGAUAAGGUGGAGCCUUACUCAACAAUUGGAGACAUCAAGAGCCUCUUUCACAAAUCAUAUCCUCACUGGUAUCCAGCAAGACAGGCCCUGAAGCUUGAUCCCAAGGACAAAUCACUCAGAGAUGACGAAAUCUUACAGAAUCUACCAGUUGGGACUACUGCCACCAUGUUCUUCAGAGAUCUUGGUCCACAGUUAAGUUGGACUAUGGUGUUUCUGGCACAGUGCAUUGGGCCCCUUCUCACCUACCUCCUCUUCUAUUUUCGAGUACCGUACAUUUACUCACACAGAUAUACCUUUACCUCCAGUCCUCAUCCUGUUGUCAGACUAGCCUGUGCCUGUCACACCUUCCACUAUAUGAAGAGGUUGAUAGAGACUAUCUUCGUGCAUCGUUUCUCCCAUGGGACCAUGCCUCUCAGGACUAUAGUCAGGAAUUGUGCUUAUUACUGGGGUUUCUCAGCUUGGUUGGCCUACUAUAUCAACCACCCCCUUUAUACACCUCCAUCAUAUGGAGAACUACAAGUCAACUAUGCAUUAUUCAUAUUUGUGAUGUGUGAACUGGGAAACUUUUCUAUUCACUUGACUCUUAAUAAUCUCAGAGGAGAGGGAUCCAGGAUUAGACGGUUUCCUGCGCCAACAAUAAACCCAUUCACUUGGCUGUUUUUCCUUGUAUCCUGUCCAAAUUACACAUAUGAGGUUGGAGCUUGGGUGAGCUUUUCCAUCAUGACCCAGUGUCUGCCAGUGGCAUUGUACACAUUACUGGGGUUCAUUCAGAUGGCUAUCUGGGCCAGAGGGAAGCACAGAGCCUACAGCAGGGAGUUCAAGGACUAUCCCAGCCUCCGGAUGGCCAUUAUACCCCUAAUUCUCUAAUAGUGAUCAAAACAACAUGAACUAUUGUAGCAUAUAAGAUGUGUAUAUUCACUCCCCACAAGUGUUUUUCACUAAAACAAAGAUGUUUGCUGCUGCUGAGGCCACCAUUAUGCAAUAUUUUUAUAUAUAUGAACUGAAAGGAGUGGGAA